CGCGUCAACCUCUUCUACUGUCCCAAAACUGUGGAAUCUGCCGUUGAAUUGAAGACGUGUCCAGAGCUCUGGCAACGUGCAUCAACAUGUAGUGUGUCGGCCAAUGACACUGAAAUUGUACUACCUCUGGCAAUACCUGUGGUUACAGCUUCAUUAGUGAUUCAGUUUUCUGAAUUAACUGAGAGCCGCCAGAACCAGGAAUUGCAUUGUCCACGGUGUAUUUUACUCUCGUUUCUUUUUCUGGGCUUUACAUGGGCAUUUCAGGACCCCUUCUUGUGCCAGUCAUGUGGUUUCUGUAAAUACGCUCGAAUGGAUAUCUCGUUAGUAUGUCGACCUCUACCAGGAGUUCAGCCAAUAACUACGGAUGCUGAAAGAGCAUCUGUAAGUCUUGUACGGUUUUGUACCACACACCCGAUAUUUUUUCAUAUUCGUUCCAUUUUGUUGUGCGUGUUCGUCGUCUAUAGUCACUACUCAAUCCCCUUUUUCUUGAGAAAUUACAAUUAA